AUGCAGCAAUUCACAGAUAAACAUGAUCAUUGGAAAGCCGGAAAUAAAGAGGCAGGAGAUGGUCUUGAUAGGAUUAAUAAUGUCAACAGCUCUAUGUUGAGUUUUAAUGAUGAUUAUACAAAUUUGAUGAGUGUAUUAUCUAACAAUGAAAAAGGCGAUUCGAAACAAGCUGCAAUGGGCGUCACUAGCAGUACUUCGAAUACGAGACAAAGAGACAGUGAUAAUAUGUAUGGAGGCAAUAAUAGAGCAGCGGAACAGAAUAAAGCAGAUAGGCGAAAUUUAGAGCUAUUAUUACAACAUUAUCAAGAGCUACUUGGAAAGGGGGGUUCAGGUAGCGGUGGCUUGGGCGAUACUCCAAGGCGAAAACCCGCUGAAGCUUCUGUUGCUGAUAAUGAAGUCGAAUCUAUGGUAGCUUCGAAGACAUGUGCGCAUUGUAGGCGAAGAAAAAUGAAAUGCUUGUUGGUUCCUGGACUCCCGAAUUGUAUUCAGUGCGAAACGAAAGGCAUUAAGUGUACUCCGUCUGCCCUAUCAUCUCCAAAGGUAAGCUCUAUGGUAACUGACGAUCAGGGCAAAAGGAGCUUGGCUGAAGAUGGUGUAAUAUCGAGUCACGAUAUGUUGAAGCGUGUUAGGUUACAGAGUUUGCCGAAUCAAUUUGCUAGCAGUAGUAAUUACCCGUCCUUGUUGGGUGGUCCCAACACAAGUUCGUCCAGAGAUAUGACUGCUGCAUCGACCAGUUCUUACAAAAGUGGCGAAGUUUACAGUGCCAAUCGUCAAAGGGACGAGAGUAGUUGUUCGUCUUCAUCAUUUACCUCAAAUCAGAACAGUUCAAGGCUUCCUGGAGCCAGCAGCUCGAUGCCCAAAAAUCCGGUUCAGCAUUUCGCCCAUUGUCCGAGGUCCUCGUUUUAUAUUGGUCCAUCUUCUGCACUUGAUAGUAACUUUUUUGACCAUUUGCGGAUGGAUAGGAUUGACCAGUUGCAAUUAUCCAGUACGGUAGCGCUGAGGAGGGUUUCUCCAAAGGUCCAAUUUAUUUUGCGUGCUGAUGUUGAUAGAAAUAAUUUUUUGAGGAACGAAGCCAUGGUAGACAAAGUAGAAGCUUUAGUUCAUCCACAUGGAAAGAUUCUCGUUGAUAUAUUCUUUAAACUGAUACAUCCUAAUUUCCCGAUUCUACACGAAGCAGUAUUUCUGGAAAAGUAUUCGAGAUCACAUAGGGAAUUGAAUGCUCCAAUUUUAGCUUGUGUCUAUUCGCUUGCUAUUAGAUGGUGGGAUUUUCACCCUCAAUUGGUAGGCUUUUCAAAGCCAGACGUGAUUGAUAAACUAAACGAAAUUGCUCUGAAUUGUUUUCAUGAGAAUCUUGCGUACCCAAAAUUGAGUAUUGUACAGGCUGGGUUGCUAAUACUGCAUUGUCGAAGUGAACUCCCAAAUAACUGGGUGAUUUGUUCAGAAGUUGUUGCGCUAGCGGAAGAACUGGGACUGGCUAUAGACUGCGAGGAUUGGAAGUUACCUCGCUGGGAGAAGGGUUUGCGAAGAAGGUUAGCAUGGGCUGUAUGGUAUCACGACAAAUGGGCUUCAAUGAUUGAAGGAAGACAUUCACAUUUAAUUCUUGGCCGUAACUGGCUAAUUCCACUCGUUAGUGACGAUGACUUUCCAAGUACUUCCCAGGUGAUCAAGGACAGUGCCCGUAAUAAUUCAAUGGACUACGGUAAUGAUCACGAUGAUGUAUUGUUUGAUCAGAUUUCAGUUCUUGGUGUAGAUCCGACUGAAGAGGAUUUUCAUAAUGGGAAGCUUCUUUUUAAGCACAUUGUUGCGUUAAGUAUCAUUCUUGGCGAAAUUCUAGAUACUUUCUACACUUUAGGUGCUAUCAACACCACUACCAACAUUGAACAAGUGUUGCAGCUUGCGAAACCACUUCAAUUAAAACUAAGGAAGUGGUAUGACACUUUGCCGCCUAAUUUGUCCAUGAAUAAUUUUCAUCCGAGAAGAUUCAAUAAUAAUGCUUCGCUAACGCUAGCAUAUUUUGCUGCGGAAAUAACCUUACACAGGAAAAUUGUUUCCACUCUUAAGUCAGAUGACCCAGAAGAACUAGUGAAUGUAUGCCGUAGUGCUGCGAAGACCAGACUAAUCGCUGCUAUUGAGUUUGUGAGGGAUCUGAAAAACGAACAUAUAAAUGCGUUUUGGUUCACUUGCUCAAGUGGCAAUCUCAUUCUUAUCAGUUCAUUUGCGACAUUGCUAUAUCUUACUUCCAGUUCGAAAGAGGAAGCAAAGGUGUAUAAAGAUUGCUUGAGGAACUAUGUGUGGAUUUUGCGUAUGGCUUCAAAAACAUUUGAUAAGGCAGCAACUGCACUACUAAGGAUACAACAAGUAUUAUCUAACGUACCAGAGCUACUUACGGAUGCUUCAGUACAGCAACGUUAUUGCAAUUCAGGUAUGCAAUCACCCGCUCAACAUCAUCAUACAAACAGUCCUAGAUCUGCGCGUUCGGCAUCUACUUACAGUCCGAACGACUCGAACAGUGGUUCGGCUUCUGCAAGCAUUUUGAACUCCAGCUCGCUCCAAAACUUAAAGACUAUGGCACCUGACGUUCUAGAUUCAUUGAGCAGUGCGCGUAGUGGGAAUAUAUCAAACGAAUAUGGAUCAAACAGCUCGAAUGCACCAAAACUGGAAAAAACUUCCCCUCCACUUCCGAAAAGUAGCAAAGAACACAGCAGGAUGACUAAACUUAACCAUAUAGAAGACCGUUCAAUAUCUGCUACCUCUCCUAGUCGAAAAUCAGCGAAGUUAUCGCCUGAUACAUCUUCCCAAGCUGUAUCUAAUAUGAGCUCUGUCACAGCCCCAAGCACAGCUUCGUUCGAAAAUUCCGCCAGGUAUAAGGUACCCAGUCCUGGGAAACCCCAUUCACCACGUAAUUUGGAAAAUAUCAAUAGCCCGUUAAUUUCAGGAGUCGCGGGAGAAUCGAAUGACAACACAUCUCCGCAUGAAACUGAAUCCAGCAAAUCAUCCACAUUAGUACCUGUGGAUAAGAAGCAGAAUACAAACAGUAUAGGCACAGAAAAUAGCGUCUCACCUAAUUAUUGUGCAUCAUCAAACGAACGAACGAACCAGUAA